UUGGCCACGGACUAAUGCAAUACAUUUAAAGUGAGAUGCGUCUGUGAUGCAUUUCUGCGUUGGAAUUUGACAUAUUUUUUAAGCCACAAAACAUGACAUGCCUAAUAUCAAUAAUCUUGUGCUAAAUACACUUGUUAAGAUGUAAGUUCAUUAAUUUGUUACUCGUGAGACUUUAAUAACCAUCAAGUGCCGUGUGAAUGCUCGCUGUGUGAACUUUGCAAGCUCUGGAGAGAUAAAAAUUCUUAAUAAAAAUGGGUAAAAACGAAGAUUGUUUUAAUAAUAAUUACACUACCUGCGACUACCCAAAAGAUGGCUUGACUAAAGACAAGAAACAAUACAACAGUAACUAUGGAUCUCAAUUCAAGCAAUCGCAUUACGACGAAGUUGUGAAUCAACUGUUCUCAAAGCAGUUCACUAUGCCAAAUUCCAGCAAGUGGGAACUUCCUGAACCCAGCACCAUGUUAAAUUGUAGUAAAUGGGAGUUACCAGAUUUUUUAAGUUUAAAAAAAUCAUUAAAUAUUGUCAAAGAUAAACUUGAUGAUUUUAACUUGGCUGAAUGGCAUAAAAAUACCAAACAAACAAAUCCAGCUAAUAAAAUUCUAUAUAAAGUUAAAGUAAUUGGGCAUCCUGAGUUAUUGACUUCAGCUUGGUUGAAAUUGUAUGAAAUAUUAAAUGAUAAUGAUGUAAUACCCAAAAAAAGUAUAGAUGGUGGUAAACUCUGCAGUGUUCAUUUAUGUGAAGCUCCAGGAGGGUUUAUUACUGCUCUAAACCAUUUUAUUUGUAGCAGAGAUAUUAGUGUUAAAUGGGAUUGGGUUGGUGUUUCGUUAAAUCCUUAUCAUGAAGGGAAUGGUAAUCCUGAUCUGAUUAAUGAUGAUAGAUUCAUGUUAUACACAAUAAGCCAUUGGUUUUUUGGAAAAGAUCAAACCGGAGAUAUUUUCCAAAAAAAUUUCUAUAAAGAUCUUUAUACUUAUAUUAAAACUCGUUUUGGUACAGAAGCAAGUUUGGUAACAGCUGAUGGUAGUAUGGAUUGUCAAAAUAAUCCGGAUGAACAAGAAAAUGUAGUUAUGCGGUUGCAGUUAGUAGAGACUAUGGUUGCCUUAAUGAUACUUGAAAAAGAUGGUACAUUUAUUUUGAAAAUGUUUACCAUGUUUGAAUGUAAUACAUUAUGUCGAAUGUAUUUGUUAUGUUGUGCUUUUGAUUCGGUACACAUAAAAAAACCAGUUACUAGUAAACAAGGAAAUUCUGAGAUUUAUGUUAUUUGUCGUGGUUUUAAGGGAUUACAAUAUGUAGAACCUUUGAUACAUCAAUUUUUCUCAACUACUGAUCGUACGUUAUCUGAUCAUUGUUUAUUUCCAUUGAAAGAGUUGCCAAAAGAUUUUUUAUCAUCUAUGUAUAAAUGUUCAAAAUAUUUUAGUGAACUACAGAUGCAAAUUAUUGAGAAUAACAUAGAACGGUUUUUACAAAAAAAUGAAGAUGACAUUAAAUCAUUAACUGAAUUACAAUAUUGUGUUGCUAAAACAUAUGUCAAUAGAUUUCAAAUAAAACCAAUUGAUCCUUCCCAGGAAAUUGUUGGUCUAAAUAAACUUCAAGCUAUUCAGUUUGAUCUACCAAAAGUUUCAACAAAGAGGUUAGCUAUGAAUUAUUCAUUUAAUGAAAAACAGCGUAGAAUAGAAUGCCAAGCAUCAGAUGAAGCUAAAUUACUUCAAGAUCAAGUUAAUAGUUUUACACAAUUUCCUUGGCAAUACGAAAAAGCAAUUUUGUGGUAUACCGCAGAGGAUGCCAAAAUUGAUUUAUCUAAUUUGAAUAUGCAAAUGGGUAAACCAGUGUCCGUGAUUCGUAACUCUAAAUUUUGUGCUGAUGUACUUAUUGAUUACAGUAAUCGAGCAAGAUCAUUAUUUACUAUCCCUACAGAAGACUCUAUAAAACGUAGAGAUUAUUUUUGGCUUCAAAUACCAAGGCAAACUGUCCAUGGUAAAUUGAUUGUUUGCGAUGUAACAUCCAUUAAUAUCAGUGAUUGUAUUAAUAAUAAUAGAAAACAACUUGAAUCUCUGACUGCAAUUUUAGAUUUUUUAAAAAAACUUGAAGCAUCUGAUAGUUUGUUAUUAAUUGGAUAUCCAUUGCUUUCCCAAGUUAAUGUUGGUAUUUUCUUCGUGCUUGUUAAUAUGUUCCUAAAGACUGGUAUAAUCAAACCUGAUGAAAUGGGUCAUGCUUUUGUGUUUUGUUCAAAAGUUAAUGACAAAUGUUUUGAUGACUUAAUAUCUCUUUUGUAUGAUGUAAAAGAGCAUAUUAAAGAUCCUAGCAUUACAGAAAUUGUAGAAAAACAAGGCCAAUCCUUACUUUCCUUCUUUCCAAUUGAUAAACUUAUAUUUGAAUCAAUUUAUAAAGAUAUUGUUACAGUAAAUUGUUUGCUUAUUAUCAAUGAAGUGAAAAAAACAGUUUCUUCUUAUUUACAACAAAAUUAACCAUUUUUGUUUUUUGUUAAGAAAUUAAUUAAUAACAAAUAUGUGUAAGUGUUAAUAUAUGAAUAGCUACAGUAAAUAUUUGAAUAAAUCAAGGAUAUGCAAGUGUAUACUUUUCAAAAUUUAAAUUAUUACUUUAUAUAUAUUUAUAAAUGUAUAUGUAUAAUUUUUUUAUGAAGUGUUAUUUAUUGUAGAGAUGUAAGCUCGGUAAAUUUUUACCGCGUAAAUUUACCGGUAAGGUAAAUUACCAGUAAAUUUACCAAUUAUUUUUUUACAGGUAAAUAUUAUUUUAUCGAAAAUAUUAGCAUGUGACACCUUAAAUUAUACGUCUUAACGAGAUGAAUAUUCUUAAUAUAUUAAUAUAAUGGAAUAGUUGAUAUAAUAUAACUUAAAACGUCAAACGUUCAACAUGCUCACAACUACUGAUAGUGUACUACACUAUUAUAUUUACAUUACAUAUUAUCAUACCAGAAAUUAUUAUUGCUAUUAAUAGUACGGUUGUAAAUAUAAUAUUUAUUUACAGCCCUGCUAUUAAUAAAUUUGAUUUUAUUGACAUCGGCACAUCGCGGCCUAUGGACUAUGAUAGUAUCACUUGAUUCAUGGCUGUAGAUACCAUUAUCAACUUUUA